GCCAAAACCUUUUACGGUUACUACAAACCUAUCCAAAGAUGGCUUCUUCUUCUUCCGUCGGAAUCUCUCUCUCCUUCUUUUUAUGGGCUCUGCUAAUCUCACCGUCUGUCUCACAAACCUGCAAGUCACAGACAUUUUCCGGCGAAAAUUCCUACCCUCACUGCCUAGAUCUCCCUCAGCUCAAAGCCUUCCUCCACUACUCCUACGACGCCACCAACAAAACCCUCGCCGUCGUCUUCUCCGCUCCGCCGUCAAAACCUGGCGGAUGGAUCGCCUGGGCAAUAAAUCCAACAUCCACCGGUAUGGUCGGAGCUCAAACCCUCGUCGCUUACAAGGAUCCAGGCAAAGGUGUCGCCGUCGUGAAGACGCUAAACAUUAGCUCAUACAGCACGCUUAUUCCGUCGAAGCUAGCUUUCGACGUUUGGGAUAUGAAAGCCGAGGAAGCGUCGAGAGAUGGUGGAGCGUUGAGAAUCUUCGCGAGGAUUAAAGUUCCGGCUGAUUUGGCGGCGAUGGGAAAGUUGAACCAGGUGUGGCAAGUCGGUCCUGAAGUGGGUCCUGAAGGAAGGAUAGGGAAACACGAUUUCGACCCCGCCAAUCUUGUUUCUAAGGGCCCUCUUGAUUUGAACGGCGAUAAUAACGGCGGCGUAAUCUCCGGCGGUGGCGACGGCGAGGGAGAUUCCAAGAUCAAGAAGAGAAAUAUUCAUGGGAUAUUAAACGCGGUGAGCUGGGGAAUUCUGUUUCCGGUAGGAGCAAUAAUAGCUAGGUACAUGAGAAUAUUUGAAUCCGCAGAUCCUGCUUGGUUUUACCUCCACGUGUCUUGCCAGUUCUCUGCUUACGUCAUCGGGGUUGCUGGUUGGGCCACCGGACUCAAACUCGGCCGGGAAUCCGAGGGUAUUCGCUUUGCGAGCCAUGGAAACAUUGGCAUUGCCCUCUUCUCCCUCGCCACCAUUCAGAUGUUUGCGAUGCUAUUGAGGCCAAAGAAAGACCACAAGUACAGAUUCUAUUGGAAUAUUUACCACCAUGGAGUAGCCUAUUCGAUCCUCAUCCUCGGGAUCAUUAAUGUUUUCAAAGGUCUUAGCAUCUUGAACCCACAAGAAACGUACAAGACGGCUUAUAUUGCAGUGAUCGCUAGCCUUGGAGGCUUAGCAUUGCUCUUGGAAGCCGUUACUUGGGUCAUUGUGCUCAAAAGAAAAUCAAACAACUCAAUGAAGCCUCUUAGGACCUGAGCCAACAAAUAUUUGGUUUGCUUUUAAAAAAAAUCAUCUGCAGAUGUUGUUACUGGUUAAAAUAUGACCACUGAGUGUGUUAAUGUAUAGAAGAAACACAUGUACUAUUAUUGUCAUGUCUUUUGUAGCUAUUUGUUUAUUCUCUUUUCUAGAGUUAUAAAUUUAUGA